CUCCAUGGCGCACAGGUUCGACGGCACCGGCGUCGCCAUCCUCGAGGUUCGCAUGGCGCGCGACUUCAAGCUCGCGCACGUGCGAUGGACCGUCCACGACGACGGGGAUUCGCGAGCGGCGGCGCACGCGCUCAGACGUAACGCCGCUGCGCUGAAGACCAUGGCGGGCAAGAUGCUCGGCAGCAAACACACGCCUCGGCUCGAGUUCAUCGACGACGGCGCCACGUCGCGAAAAGAGGCCGAGCUGGACAAAGCCUUCGAGCUCGCGGAAGCUCGUCGGUUAGACACGGAGGCUCACGUGGAGAGGCUGGCGAGGCGGGACGCGGAGACGAGGCGGAUGAAGGCGGCGGGAAGCUAUCGACCGGGCCCGUACGAGCACCUGCUCGACGACGAACACGCGCACGCGCACGACGACGACACAGCUGGCGACGACGACGAGUUCGAAUCGAGCGAGUGGUACGCGCCGGGCGAGAGGGACGAGGAGUUCGAGGACCUGCUCGAGGAGCUGAUGGCGGACGUGGACGACGACGCCGACGAUGCGGACGACGAUUGGCCGGAGGAGAUCGACGCGGACGACGACGACGAGCGAGCCGGCGCGGACGCGUGGGUGAAGCCCGGCGCGGGCGAGCGGGACGAUUGAAUAAAAGUUACCUUCCCU